AACAAUAACGGCGUUUUUAAUAAAAACGCCACAAAAAAAAUCAUUUCACUUAAAACAAAAACCGCGGUUUUAUCCCCAAAUUUGCCCCCUCUGAAACCCCUAAUUUUUCCCCCUAAAAUGGCCCCUCCGUUGCUCUUUUCAAUCAAGAAACUCUCCAGCAGCAGUCUUGAUUUGGUUUCCAGUUAGACUCUGAUAUAGAAUAGAUGGCAGUGAACCAGACGGCGGCGUUGAAGGUGGGUCCACCUCUGUAUUGGCAUUUCAUGGAAGGAUUAGUAGCCUUCAGCCACACUUCCAACACUUGCCCACCUUGCCUUUGCGAUUUCUCUUCUCACAAUCCUUUAAGAUGAUGGAACUUAUGCAAUGAAGAAAGUUCUCAUUCAGAAUAAUGAACAGUUAGAAUUUUUUCGGGAGGAUAUUCGUGUUUCAUCCUCGUUUAGUCACCGUAAUCUUCUUCCCCUUCUUGACCAUGCUAUCAUUUCUGUUAAGCCUACACAAGAAGGAUCAUGGAAUCACGACGCAUAUCUACUAUUUCCCGUUCAUUUGGAUGGAACAUUACUGGACAAUUUCAAAGCUAUGAGUGCUAAAAAUGAUUUCUUUUCUACCUCGGAUGUUCUUCAAAUAUUUCGGCAGAUUCAUUAAUGUCAUAACUGGUUCAAAUUGACUAUAAGCAUUUGACUGUGCCAAAUUAUUUCCACAGCUGUCGUUCUGAGGCACUACAGCUUCAGAGGAUGGAGAACUUUACAUGUGGGGGAAGAACUCAAGCGGGCAACUUGGCCUUGGAAAAAAGGCUGCGAAAGCAGUUCAUAAGCCAACCAAAGUGGAAUGCUUGAGCGAGCUUACAAUUAAAUUGGCUGCUUUGGGUUCAGAGCACACAGUUGUUGUUACUGAUGGAGGUGAGGCUUUAAGUUGGGGAGCAGUUGCAUCUGAAAGACUUGAUCAUGGCCUUGAGUCGAGCAUUUUUGGUUUUUUAACAAGCAACAGUGAAUAUACACCAAGGCUUAUAAAGAAAUUAGAGGGUAUCAGGGUCAAAAGAGUUGCAGCUGGCUUGUUGCAUUCAGCAUGCAUUGAUGGUAUUGCUGAAACUGGGUCUUUGUUUGUGUUUGGGGAUAAAGUGGUAGCUAAUCUUGGAUUUGGGGAGGCCAAGAAUGCAACCAUGCCAUCCAUGAUCAAGACAUUGCCAUAUUCAGAAGAAGUUGCAUGUGGUGGCUACCACACUUGUGUUGUAACAAUGCUUGAAAAUUAAUUGCAAGUUGAUGUGAAUGACAAUGUCCUGGAGAUCAUAUGGGAAGAUAAUAAUUAAAACAUGGAGGUUAAAAGGAUGAUAAGGAGAAGGAAGAGUUGGACUUUAAGGGUAAAAAUGUGUCAAAUCUAGUGAGUCAGGUGACCAAGAUUCCGUUUAACAAUUUUCUUUAUUGCUGGAACAAGUUUUAACCAAGAUCAAGAUCAAAGUACUUCACUAAGUUAUAUAUGCAGGCAUUGCAAUGAGAGGUGAUAAUGAUUUGGCAUUAUAUUCUCAUCAGGAUGAAUUUUAUUUUAGAAAUUGUAAUACUUUGUGUGUCUCUGUGUGUGUGUGUUUUUUAUGUAUUAAAUUUUAAUUCAUUAAUUUUUAUAUUUAGUUUUGAAGUUUAAAUUUUAAUAGAAAAUUUAAUUUAA